CCAUUUUGGUGAAUGCAACCACUCCUCCCUCUGAAAAUGCCUUGUUGACUGACCGACUACUCAAGAAACCCGAUCAAACACCAAUGCCUAGUAAAAACGACACUUACGACAUCACUUCUUGCUCAUUCUUCCGCCGCCAGAUGCGCCGAAACCCGAGCCACCAAAACCUCGAGAGAAACUACGAAUCUGACCCGCGCGACGACCCCGAGCGACGACGAGGCACGAUCUCCGUGCUUCACUCUUAUCCAUAACCCUCCUACCAAAGUGACGGCCACUACUGGUACAGGGCGCGACCGGGACACCGACGCGCGCCCCUCGUUCACGAGCAAUCCAUACUUUUACACGGAGCGGCCACCUUAAAGCCUUGCCCGUAAAUCACCACCACCACCAACCCAGCCAUGAUUGCCAAGGCGACGCCCGCACUGAACACGGUGCGCGGCUUUCAAAACACCCCCGUCACUUCCGGCGAUGAGGAUUCCGACUACGGCGUUUGCGCUACCCCGCCUCUCUCCGCGAAGCGCUCCGGCCGCGCUGCCCUCAUCGACGAUGUCGUCAGCGCCAACUGUAGCCCCAAUAUGCGCGGGGCCUCCUCCCCUGCUGUCUCGGGCAUCGCCAAGCUGCGCUUGCAAAUGGAGCCUCUCAGCCUCGACAACUCUUCCCGAACGAGCACCUUGACCCUCAACGGCAGCAACGGCCACGGCGGCCUCUCCAAGGGGCUGGGAAUCAGCAGUGCUGUCAUGAGCCGCUGCGGGAGCCAGGACGGCAGUCAGAGUGAGGCUGGCAGCGAGCGUUCCGAGACCGGGUCUACGAGCUAUGAGGUCAACCUAGAGCAUGACUACGUCGACGAGAGCGUUCGAGAGCGAAACGGACACAUCGUGCCCAUCGAGGGCAGCAAGGACGUUCAGCGUAAGAUGACGGCCGACGACUUUGAUCCUCUCCGUUGCCUAGGAAAGGGAACCUACGGUACCGUGCUUCUCGUCAAGCAGCGCAACACCGGCCGGCUUUACGCCCAGAAGCAGUUCAAGAAGGCCUCCCUUACUGUGCACAAGAAGCUCAUCGAGCAGACCAAGACGGAGCGUCAGAUCCUUGAAUCGGUCAACCGACACCCCUUUGUCGUCAAGCUCUACUACGCUUUCCAGGACCACGAGAAGUUGUAUCUGAUCCUCGAGUACGGCCAGGGUGGAGAGCUGUUCACUCACCUGAGCACUGAAAAGAUGUUUGCCGAGCCCGUCGCUGCCUUUUACAUGGCAGAGAUGCUUCUGGCCAUCUCGCACCUGCAUAGCACUCUGGGUGUCGUGUACCGUGACCUGAAGCCCGAAAACUGCUUGCUGGAUGCCGAGGGCCAUCUGUUGCUCACCGAUUUUGGCCUCUCCAAAGUCGCGGUUGAUACCUCAGAGGACCACUGCAACUCGAUGCUUGGAACUGUCGAGUACAUGGCCCCCGAGGUCAUCCAGGGACAGAAGUACGGAAAGGCGGUCGACUGGUGGUCUUUCGGCGCGCUGGGCUAUGACUUGAUGACUGGCAACCCGCCCUUCCGUGGCGGCAACCAUGCCAAGAUUCAGCAAAACAUUGUCAAGCAGAAGCUCGUCAUGCCGUACUUCCUGAGCCCCGACGCCAAGGAUCUCCUGACGCGCUUGCUCAAGAAGGACCCCAAGAAGCGCCUGGGAGCCAACAUGCCCAAGGACCUGCAGACCAUGAAGGGCCACCGCUUCUUCCGAAAGAUUGACUGGAAGAAGCUCGAGGCCAGAGAGGUCGAGCCGCCCAUCCAGCCCAUGAUCACCGACCCCGAACUCGCCGAGAACUUUGCGCCCGAGUUCACCGACUUGUCCCUGAGCCCCGUCAUCACGGCCAAGGACCCGUGGAGCGCCAUGUCGGCCAAGGAAGAUGACCCCUUUGGCGGCUUCAGCUUUGUUGCGUCGAGCAGCAUGUUGGAGAGCCACGCGUUUCGAUUCACCACUGAAGUCUAGAUUGUAUUGUCCGUACACAUCAGCAGCGCUAGACGAAAGAAUAUAGAAAGAUCUGGGAGUGCUAGGCGAAUAGCAUGGGAAAAAGUCUGGGAGCCUCAUUGUGAAUUGGCGCGGCCACUGGGCGCGCGCAGUACGGAGUUAUAGAAGCAAAGCAAAGUCCGUUUAGCCUUGGGGACUGGCAGUCUCCAGGCCUUCACUGCCUCGUUCGGUCCAUGAGCGACGGAACAGCCGAAGCAUCGAGAUUCGUUCUGUUGUUGGUUGUUUUUUUUCUGGUGCGCAUCGCUAGUCCGUAGUUAUACUUUCCCCCCUUGUUCGGUAUUCAUUGGGCGAAGCAUCGUCACGAUAAUAUAUACGAGUUUUUUCCUGGUUGCCUUUUUUGUUGUGCCCCUGCUUCCUCUGCUCCCCUUG